GCGGCUUGAGCAUGCCACAUCGACAACAUUUGCUGCUGCUGCUGCUGCUGCUCUGUGUGUUUGCGCGCUGCUGCUGCUUAGAGCUUUGCAACUUGACUAUUUGCCUGAAUGUGCCACACUUGGGCUGCGACAAUGAUUUGACUUUUCAUGGCAGUUGCAGGCGUCAUCGCCGGCUGGUGAAUAUGCAAAACUAUCAGCAGUAUCUGCUCAAGAUACACAACAAAUACAGAGAGCAGCUGGCGGCGGGUCGUGUGCUGGGUGUGUUGCCAGCUAGGCGCAUGCCGGAGCUGGUCUGGCACUCUGGGCUGGCGUUGCUGGCUGAGUAUCAUGUGAAGCGCUGUCUGCAGCAUCUGCGCAACUAUUGCAAUGCCUUGCCGGGCUUGCCGACGCCGCCAGCGGUUAACUAUGGCCAAAGCUUGCUGAAUCUAAGCGAUGUAGACGACUAUAAGCCGUGUCCCAACUCCGAGCAGAUAACAAUGCUAGCUGAGCAGUGGCUGCAUCGGCUGCAUCUACUCGCCACAGCUGCUGACAUUGCUGAGCUGCAGAAUAUAGUGUACGAUCGGAACAGUCACUUGGGCUGUGCCGCAGCUGAGGAUUAUGAUCGCAACGUUAGUCGCUUUGUGCUCGUCUGUUACCUGGAGCAUCAAUAUGCUGGCAGCUUGAAGCGUCUUUAUCGCACCGGCAACUUUUCGGCAAGCAAUUGCGCCUUGGGACGCAGUCAGACUUAUGCGCAUUUGUGUCAGACCACGGCUGACAUUUUGAGCUAAUCAAAGUGUUGUCAACU